GACAUGACGUCACAUGAACCAGCCAAUGGGCUUGCAGCUGAGUGAGUUGCGGUUCAGUUUGAAUUUUCCAACGAGAACAACCCAAACAGUCUCAGUGUGUGAUAUAAAGAAGCAUCGCGCCUAAAUCAGGUUAUAAACCAUGAGCUGGGCGGUGGAGGAGUGGAAGGAUGGACUUCCAGGGAAAGCCCUGCAGAAGAUCCAGGAGAUGGAGGGCCAGCUGGACAAACUGAAGAAGGACAGGAACCAGAAACAGUUUCAGCUGGACUCCUUGGAGGCUGCCCUCCAAAAACAGAAACAAAAGGCGGACAGUGAACGUACUGAGACCUCUGCUUUGAAAAGAGAGAACCAGUCUUUAUUAGAGUCAUGUGACUCUGUGGAGAAAGCCCGUCAAAAGGUCGUCCAUGACCUCGGAGUCAAAGAGCAGCAGGUGAGCUACCUGGAUGGUCAGCUUAACUCCUGCAGGAAGACCAUAGAGCGACUGGAGCAGGAGCUCAAGAAGUACAAAAAUGAGCUGGAUCGUUCGCAGCCUGCUGGCUCGUCCUCCUUGUCAUCCUCCUCCUUGUCAUGCUCCUCCUCUGAGCUUCCGCCUUACACUACUCCACAGAAAAGUUUCCCUACUCCAACUCCUGUCCCAGCCUACAGACAGCAAGAUAACAGACUAGAUGAGCUUCAGGAGAAAUACAGUCAGGAGGUAGAAGAAAGAAAAAGGAUGGAAACUGAACUCAAAGUCCUGCAGGUCAAACUGUUGAAUCAGUCUUCAGCCAGUGUAAGCCACAAGGACAUUGCUGCCCGCCAAGCUGGAUCUUCCAUAUUCCCAUGGCAACAGGAUCAGGCCCACAAACGCCAGUCUCAGGAUCCAAUGGAAACGCCUCUGAAGAAGCGGGGAGCAUCCCUGUGGGACGCCCACGAGGAGACGCCCCUUAAAACCAGCCAGCGGAUGAGCUCUUCCAGAGUGGUGCAGAGUCCAUGUGGAUCCUCCCAACAGAUGGAGCAGCUGAAGAGCAUCAACCAAGAGCUGCGUGGUCGUGUGUCAGAGCUGGAGAGGAAUCUGUCCACACAGGAGAAGGAAAUUCGUAGCCAGGCCUCCAAGCUGCAGGAGCUACAAACCCAACUGAACCAAGCCCGCAAAGAGCUGACUGAACGGGACAGAGACCUGACCAAGGCCAGCCACGAGCUGAGACAGGCCACAGACAGACACCAGCAGGUUGAGGCCAAGUGUUCAUCAGUUGAGCAGAAGCUGAAACAAGUGUCGGAGGAGAUGAACUGUCAGAGGCACAACGCUGAGAGCUGCAAAAAAGCCCUGGAGCAGAAACUCAAAGAUCAAGAGAGAGACAGUCAAAAGGAGCUCGCCCAGCUGCAGACUUCUCACCAGGCUUUGGACCAGCAGCUGAACCAGACCAGAACCAAGCUGACACAAGAGAUCCAACAGUCCAAAAAAGACCACAACGUACUGCAGGCUGACAUGGAGAAGAUGUGCGUCCAGAAGAGUCAGAUGGAGAAGGAGGUGGAGGAGCAGAAACAGAAAUUGCUGAGGUCAGAGCAGAGCCUCCAGGCCUGCCAGAACAAAGAGCAGGACCUCCGCAAGAAAAUGGAGGAACUGCAGAAAGAGAAGAACAGUGCAACUGUCCAGUUGGACCAGAGCAGCAGGCGUCUGAGUCAGCUGGAGGAAGAGAAGAAGAGCACAGACCAGAACUUCAAACGCACCCAGGGAUUACUUGAUGACCUUAAAGCCAAAUCAGAAGGGCAGGCGGAGGAGCUGAAGAGACUUCAGACCAAACUGGAGCAGCAGACUUCGUCUUCGUCCCGGGAGCUGGAAAACUUGAAGAAGACACUUUCUGAUGCAGAGACCAAAAAUGACAGAUCUCAGAGCGAACUACAGAAACAGAAGGAAGAGAUGGAGAGGCUGACCAACAGGUUGAUGGUGAUAGAGAAGGAGAGCCAAGAGCUGAAAUCCAAUCUCACUGCCAGUCAGAAUGAGAGUAAGGAACUGAAACAAGAACAUCAAGCUCUCCUAAAGUGGAAGAAAGAGAAGGAGACGUUGAUUAAUGAAACUGAGGCUGUGCAAAAAGACCUCACUGACAAAAUUGGCAACUUGGAGAACAGUGUCAUCAUGCUGAAUGAGGCUAAUAAUGACGUUAAGAAGCAGCUCAUGGGCGCAGAGGGAGACAAGGCCAGUCUGUCUGCUCACAUCGAUUCCUUGAAGGGAGAACUCCUCAACAAGAGCACAGAGUUGGAGGAGAGGGAGCAUCAGUACAACGAGCUCCAGUCUAAAUUCUCCGAGGCCGGACAGAAGCACACCAAAGACCUGGAGAAUGUCGCUGUGCAAGUGGCUCAGCUUGAAGCACAGGUCAAAGGUCUGGAGUUGCGGUUGCAAAAGGAAAUGACUCGAGCAGAGCAGGCUGAGAGGACCAACACGGAGCUGCAGGACGAGCUCCAUGCAGCCUGCGACCUGUCUCGCUCCAAAGACCAGCUGGUGGAGUUAGGCCAAGCGGAGAUCAGCCAGCUGAGGGAGAGCCUCGCUCAGGCCACUGCACAGCAGGAGGAGCAAAGUUCCAGGUUGGUAGAGGAGAAAGCCACCCUGCUGAAGCAGUGUGAGGAGAGUGUUUCAGCAAAGGUUGAAGAGGCCGAGCAGCUCAAGCUGCAGUUGGAGGAGGCUCAGCAAGAGCUGCUGCUCACCAAAAACCAGGUCAGUUCCACGGGUCAGUUCCUGAAGGUCCAGGAGCAACUGGGAGCUGAGCUGCAGAAACAAAUUAAGACGCUGACAGACAAUGAAGGGGAACACAAAAAGAUGCUUGAGAAGAACUCAGAGGAGCUCAAACAGUUGGAUGAAGAGCUGAAGGCUCUGCAAAGCCACACAGAAGAGAAGGAGAAGCAGCUCGGAGAGGCUGAAGCUCAGAUUUUGUCUCUGGAGAAACAAAAGGCUGAGCUGGAAAAUGCAGUUCAAGAGAUGAAGAAAGAGGCUGAGAACCUCCAGCAGGUUCAUACUGAGAAGAUCAACAACCUUCUGGAGCAGAUAUCUUCCUUAGAAGAGGAGGUAACCGCAAGCAAAGCUGCAGCAGAGAAGCUUCCAGUCUUGAAGAAUGAACUGGACGUGGUCAACCAGUCCCAUGCCGACCUUAAGAAGCAUCUAGAAGCUCUUGAGAAGAGUCACUCCUCCACUAUUGAAAUCAAGUCCAACUUGGAGAGCAACCUGAUUGAGAAAACCAAUCAGAUCUCUACUUUGGAAGAAGAGGUCAAAGAGCUCACAGAGAAGAUGAGCAAAGAGUCAGAGAGCCGUGCUCUGGAGGUCGAAAAUUCCUUCAACAAAGAGAAGAUCCUUAAAGAGAAGCUCGAAGCCGCUAAGAAAUCAGUAGCUGCUGCUAAAAAGGAAUCAAGUUCUCGACGGGAGGAGUUCAAGACCAUGAAGACGACUCUGUCGGCUGCUUCACACGGCUUAGAAGAGAGAGACAACACGAUAAAGAGCCUGAAGGAGAAGCUGAAUAAAGCAGAGGCAGAGCAGACCAAAACAUCAGAUCUUCUGAAAGAGAAGAUGGCUGCAAUGAACAAAAUCAAGGUGCAGCUGGAGAUGCUGCAAAUGGACCUGGAGGACAACGAGAACGUCAUGAACACUUUUGAAAGUCAGGUGGAGGAGCUGAAGGGAACCAUAGAGUCACUGGAGGCUAAUCUAGCUCACAACCACACCGAGAUAUCUGACAUGGAGGUCCGACUGGAGGACAGCAAAGCCCAGGUCUCUGUCUUGGAAACCCGGUUAGAGGAGAUCCAAGCUCAGAACUCAAUGCUGGAGACGCAGUACCUCACAGCCAGGGAGGAGCUGAUGGAGAGGAGCUGUGAGAUAACUCGUCUGGAAGAGGACGCCGUCAAACAAAAACAGCUGGAGGAGAGCGUUGCUACUUUAGAGUCUAAACUCAGCCUGACCAUGGAGGAAAAUAUCAAGUUAGAGCAGAUGAUUGAAGACAAAAAAAACAAUCUUAAUCAGCUACAACAAGAGAAAAACAACCUUGAGACUACUUUGAAACAGUUAACAGACAACAAAGAGCAAGUUGAAACUGAAAUUAUUCAAAUAAAUGCAGAGAAGAAGCAGCUGGAAGCCAGUUUAGACGAGCUAUCUGAGCAGAACAAACAACUGCAGACCAACGUUCAGCAGUUAACUGAAGAAAAGCAGAAGAUGGAUGAAAUAGCUGUAGAGAAACAAGAAGCUGAAUCAACCCUUAGAGAGGUCAUCGAGGAGAAAGCCCAACUAGAUGUUACCCUCAAUCUGAUAAACGAGGAAAAAGUCCAACUCGAGGCUAAACUAAGUGAGCUAACCUGCGAGAAAAAUAACUCUGUCGUUAGCUUGAAUCGAGUAGUUGAGGAAAAGCUUCAGCUGGAAGUUAACUAUAAUCAGCUGACUGAGGAGAACAUCAAACUACAAUCUAGUGUGAGUCAGGUAACUGAGGAGAAGCUGCAGUUACAAGAAAGCAUAGAGAGGCAUGAAGAAGAGGUGGCUUCACUUAAAGAGCAGCUCCAGAUGAAGGACAAGAGGACUGAGGAGGAGAACAGAGAGAGGAGCCAACAGUUUGAGGCGGAGCAGGCAGAGCUGCAUCAGAAGUUGGCCAGCUUACAGAAUGAGCUGACUGUGUUCAAACAGCAGUAUGACUCGCUGCUGGAGCAGGUGGGCCAACAGCAAAGUCUCAUACAGCAGCUCUCAGAGUCGCAGGGAACCCAGAAGAACCCGGGAGAUAAAAUCAGCCACAUGGAGACUGAGGAGACGGAUGUCGGUGCAGACGCAGCAGGACAGACUGAUGUAGAGCCAACACUUGAUACAAGCACCAGUACUGAGUCCCUUCCAGUAAAAGAACAGCUGAGCCCAGUGGUGACUGAACUGGGUGAACUUUCCCACCAGUCUGACGAGGCUUUCAGCCCUGGUAGUGAGACAGAGCUGGUGUUCAAGGAGGACGUCACUGAGCAAGAGAUGAUCCAGGAACAACUGGACGAAGAGAGGGAGGCACAUGUGGCCGAUGUUGAGGAUACGAGGGAGAACAAGGAGCAGCAACCCUUAGAUCAGCUCCCUGAAGACAGCAGCAGUCCCAGAGAUGUUCUUGAAAGUCAAGCUGAAAUAUGUGAGAUUUCUUCACCAUCUUCCUCUGUUGGUGAGACCAGGCAGUUAGAAUCCUCCGUGGCAGAGUCAUUCCAGGUACAAAAUGACCUCAACCUCGAUCACACAGAAAUGAUCUCAAAACAAGAACUCCUAACCCUGCGCUCAGAGUUUGACCUUCUGAAGUCCGACCUCGUACUGAGAAUGGAGUUGACCUCUGAGCUGGAAGUCCAAGUUGAAAACUUGGAAAAGAAAGUUCACGCAGCAGAGGAGGAGGCUCAGGGUGCAGCACAUAAGCUGAGCAUCGCUUUGGAGGAGAAGAAAGUCGUUGCUGACCAGUUGGCUGAGCUGUCAGAGGAGAGGGAGACAUUAACUCUGCAGCUGCAAACAGCUAAAUGUCAGCUGGCUGAUGUUAUGGAGAUGCUGGAAGGACUGGAGAUGGCCAAAGGUGGAUGGGACGAGAAAUUCCUUCAGCAGGAGAGUGAGCUGAAGAGGGUUCGCUCUGAGAAAGCCAACCUGGAGCAGCACAUCCUGGGCAUGGAGACUGAGCUGGAGACCAUGCAGAGGGAGAGGAGCAAACUGGGGGAUGAGAUGGAGACCCAGAGGAGGACCUGUUCGGGCAUGGAGCAGCAGAUAGAAACACUUACGACAGAGACAACCCAGCUGAGAUCUGAACUCGUGUCCUGCACCGAGGAGCGAGAUGACCUGAACCAGUCUUUGGGCCAAUGGAGAGAGAAAGUUCACAGUCUGGAGAAGACCAACUGUGACACCAGAAACAUAAUUUCCAUCCUGGAGGACGACAUCAGAGCAGGGAGGAAGGAGUAUGAAGCCCUGCAAAGCAGCAUGGAGAAACUGAAGAGAGAGAGACAACAGCUGCUGGAGCAGUUUAAGAUGCUGGAACAGGCAAUAUCCCAACAGAGUGGAGAAAGAGAGGAGCUCAUCGGGCAGCUGGACAAGAUCAAAGAAGACCACACCUCGACCAAUCAAAGCACUGAGUCCAUGGUCGGCAAGAUAGAGGCAUUAGAGGGAGAAGUAUGCCGUCUCUCACAGUCUCUGGAGUCCUCUCUACUGGAAAAAGGAGAGAUUGCCUCUCGUCUGAACGCCACACAAGACGAGGUCCGGCAGAUGAGGACUGGUAUUGAAAAGCUCCAGGUCCGCAUCGAGUCGGACGAGAGGAAGAAAAAGAAGAUGGGAGAGCUGCUCAAAGCUGCCCAGAGGAAGUCUGACUCACUGCAAGAUCGCAUUGAUGCCCUGGAGCGAGAGAAGGAAGACGACGAGCAAAGUCUAGAGGAAGCUGUCAUACAGGCUGAAACAGCCAAAGCUGAGCUGGAGGAGGAAAGGAGCAAGGUGGAGGAGGAGAAGAGGGAGCUCAGCGAGAAACUAUCAGAGCUCUCUGCAACGCUGGACAACCUGAGAUCUGAGAAAGAACGCAUGGAGAGAGAGCUGGAAGCCAAAAACAGCGAGAUCGAAGAACUGAAGGCCGCUAAAGAGGAGCUGGAGAGAGGGUUGGAGAAAGCCGAGGUGGAUAGAAGAGAGGAAGAGGAAAGACAGAAAUGCAGGGUUGAAGAGCUGGAGAAAGGAAUGAAGGAAGAAGCAGAGAGGCAAACGAAACAGGUGGAUGACCUCCAAGCACAGCUGGAAGCCUCUCGACAGAGAGAGACAUCACUUGAACAAAAGAGUGCAGAAAUAGAAGGGGAGAAAGAGAGGAUGCAGCCUCUGCUGGUGGAGAUGGAGAAAGAGAAAACCUGUCUGCAGUCUUCUCUGGAAGAAUGGCAGACAGAAGGAGAGAGGCUCCGCUCUCAGCGAGACGAGUGGGAGAAAGAGAGAAACAACCUGAGGACCAAUAUUGAGGCAUUGGAAGAAGAAAUCAAAGAGCUUAAAACACUCAUAAAAGCUAAAGAGGAAGAGAGAGAAAUGUUGGAGAAGGAGGCAGAUCAGAGACGAGCCUCAGUAGAAUCCAUCUCGUCUCUUAUGGCGGAAAAAGAACAGAUAGAAGAAGAAAAUGGACGGCUGGCAGAGGAAAAAGAGAAACUGCACUCAACUUUGUUUUCAGUGGAGCAAGAGAGAGAUAAUCUGCGCUGCACUCUCACAUCUGUAGAAGAAGAGAAAGAAAGACUGGAGCAAGAGAGGGUGGUGUUAGCUGAUGAGAAAGAGAAGCUUCAGUCGAGCCUCUCCUUGAUAGAAAAAGAGCAACGUGACAUGCAACAAACUCUUUCUUCAUUAAAGGAAGAGAAGGAAAAAGUAGAGGAGGAGAAACAGAAGUUAGAGGCCGAAAAACAAAAAUUGCAGUCGGCCCUUUCUGCGAUUGAAGUCGAGAAAAAUAACCUCUCUUCAGCUCUUUCUUCACUGGAACAAGAGAAGCAAAGAGCAGAAGGAGACAAAGAGAAACUCACAGAAGAACAAGAGACUCUUCAGUCUACAGUUGCCUCUAUGGAGAAGGAGUUGGAAGCAUCCAAACUGUCUGCCACACAGCUCAAUAAACAGGUGUCGGAGCUAACGUCUCAGGCUGCUCGUCUGUCUAAAGAGAGAGACUCUGCCCUGAGCAAGAUGAGUCUUUGGAUGAAGACCUGCAAACAGCUGGAGCAGGAGAAGCAAGAGAUGCUAAACAACUCAGCUGAAAGAAAGAGCAGCCAGGAGGUGCAGACUGAGGUGAACCAGUUGAAGAUGGAGGCAGAGAAGAGAAAGAAGGAAGUGGACGACCUGAAGACUGCCCUGCAGCAGAAGAAGAUGGAGGCAGAAGAAAAAACAAUAGAGUCACAACAAAAAACUAAGGAGGUGGAAGAACUUGAGGCUGCUCUCGAUGGAAGGAAGAAGGAGUUAGAAGAGAGAAAUGGAGAGCUGGAGGUGAUGAAGAGCGAGUUGGAUGAACUGAACAAACUCCUGGAGGAGAAAAGCAGCGAGGCAGACGAGAGCAUCGAUAAAUACUGCGGCCUGAUGGUUAAAGUCCACAAACUGGAAGAGACCAACGAUGCACUGACAAUCCGGCUGGAGCAGCUCACUGCUAGCCAGCGUACUAACGAAGCGAACAUCCCCUCCAGCAAUACUGAAGGUACUCGCCGCCGGCGUUUAGGAAGGAUAUCUUCCUCCAAACAUCUGCAAGAGAAACUGGAUGACAACACUGAGAAUAUGGCUCCUUCAACACCUCAGAGGUCUCCUCAGGGGUCAUCGUCAGGGAAACGUGGUCACCGUGACAUCAGUAGUAAAGACAGUGCUCAGGAGGCCCUGCACAACCUGACGAAGAAGCUCAAAGCCAACGCAGUGACGACACCCAAAGCAAGAACUGAACAGGAAGGCGAGGAGUUCAAACCAGAGGGACUUCCUGAGCUGGUGCAGAGAGGCUUUGCUGAUAUUCCUCUGGGGGAGGCCAGUCCGUUCAUCAUGAGGAGAACCACAGUGAAGCGCAGCAGUCCUCGAUUGGCUGCCAAACAGACCGCUCUCACGACUGCAUCUGACACCAAGAGUCCCUCUGCAGAGAGCUCCAACAGGAAGUGUCUCUCCCCGAGUGACGAGGAGAAACCUACGUAUCAAGACAACUGUCACGUCCAGUAGAUUGACGUUCACACACACAUACAGUCUUUCACUGAUUUGUAAAAAUAUACACAUGCAUACUCAUACAAAAUAUUAACACUUCGCUUUUUAAUAAAGACACAUUGAACGUUAAAGUAAAGACGUUUAUUUAAAAAAUUAACACUUAAAAUGCACCUUCUCUUAUUUUGGUGGGGGUGGGAGGCUGUGUGUGUGUGUGUGUGUGUGUGUGUGUGUGUGUGUGUGUGUGUGUGUGUGUGUGUGCGUGCACGCCACUUGGUUUUGUUUCCUGUUAAUUCAGUUUCUUCCAGGACUGCAAAAAACAAAACUAUAUUACCUGUCAUGAGAAAUACAAUAAUUCACUAACCCUAAAGAGGAGUGGGUAACUCUCCAAGU